AUGCUUUCCAAUACCCGAAAAACCUUGGAUGACUGCUUGAUUCUACAAGCCGGAGAGCCGUUUGACAGCAGGUCAGCACUCUGGCGAGCUCAAGACUGGGGCGCAUCCCAUGCCCUCCAGGAGACUUCACAUCAGAGCUGGCCGUACCAUAACGGAUGUUCCACAUUGGCCCCACUGAUGUUCUCCGAAGUCGGUUUGGGGACAAAAGAGGUGAACUUUCCAGUUUUCCGGGAGAAGCGAAACCUUACCAGUGCCAUGGAUGAAAUGGUGUUCUACUGGACCAAGCUUGCUACUCCCGAGCUGAUCCAGGAGACGAACGAGAAAUCGUCCAACGCAGCAUACUACCUCCUAAAACAUGUCGCUCAACACUGGGUCAACCAACUUGAGCUUAUGAAUACGACCAUCGCCAGGGGUGAAUGGUUCUCCGAUGACUAUCAAGCUCAAAUCGACGACAAUUUGAGUAAACAGAAAUGGAAGCUAGACCUACUGAAGAUCAACGAGAUCGCCAAGGACAUCAACUACAUGCGCCGACAUUUGAACCACUUCUGGCGUGCAAUGUACCUCAACCUGGAACGCCUAGGCGUGCAAUUGGGCUGCGAAAGUGUCGACGCGAAUGCAUCUCUCGCGAUCCGAGACGCGCAAAAAGACUUCCUUACGAUACACACAAGGAUGCAGCCUUUGCGCGAUCGUGCAGAAGCCUUGAACUCCGUCUCAAACGAUCUCGCAAAUCUUCGGGCAGCGUUCAGAGGCGUCUCAGACGGUGAGUUCGGCCUUCGUCUCAGCUUGUUCGCAUCCAUCGUCUUCCCACUCACCCUGCUUGCUGGCAUCUUCAGCAUGGGCGACGACUUCCGCCCAGGGCGACCAAAGUUUUGGCAUCUCUGGGCUAUCGGCAUACCCGUUUGCGUUGUGGUCGCACUCGGAUUGGUGUACGGGAGAAGGCCUUGGGCAGUAGCCAUCGAUCUUUGGGAGUAUGCAAAAUCAUGGUUCAUGAAGCCCGAAGAUGAGAAGGCUGCGCAGCGAAGUGGAAGUCCGAAAAAGCAAGAGAUGAGUUUACACCAAUCAAGCGGUCGAGCUACAUCAAUGAGAAGGGCGGGUUGGAAGAACCGGGACGAGGAACACGGUGUUGAGAAUUGA